CUCCUGGCCCUGCCCCUGCGGCCCCAGACGCGGCGGUGGAGGAACCCGAUUCCCUUCCCCGAGACCUUUGACGGCGACACCGACCGCCUCCCGGAGUUCAUCGUGCAGACGGGCGCCUACAUGUUAGUGGACGAGACCCUGUUCUCCAGCGAUGCCCUGAAGGUGACGUUCCUCAUCACCCGCCUCACGGGGCCGGCCCUGCAGUGGGUGAUCCCCUACAUCAGGAAGGAGAGCCCCCUCCUCAAUGAUUACCGGGGCUUCCUGGCCGAGAUGAAGCGGGUGUUUGGCUGGGUGGAGGACGAGGACUUCUAGGCCGGGAGCCCCUCGGGCCUGGGGGCGGGUGCUCGGGGGAGGGUGCGCUGCGCCCGUCGCCGCCGCCGCGCAGAUGGCCGCGGGCGGCGCCUCGCCGCGCCUCGCCCUCCCUCCCCCUCGCCGCGAUCGCGCGGCCGCGCUCUCCCCCGCGCUGCUGUCCCCUCCCGCGUAGUGCUUGCCUUUGUUCCAGGAAUAGCGCUCCAGGUCCCCGCUGCCGCCGCCGCCGGGCCCCGCUCGGGAGCGCGCCGCCGCCCCCUGCGGCCAGCCGGGCCCCUCCCGCGCAGCACACUUGGCCUCGGGCCCGCGCUCCAGCUGCGGGCUGGGCUCCCGUUACGCGCCGGACAGACCACCCACAGCCCGGCCGCUGCGGGCCGCCUCCGCCAGACUGACCGCCAGGCCUGCGGCGCCGCGCGCGGACACCCGCGCCGAGGCCGGGCCGCCGUCGCCACCCAGCGCACACCGACCCACCGACACACUGCGGCCCGCAGCCAUCUGGACUCAGCCGACAAGCGUCUGAGCUGGCCACGGCCCCUGGCCCCUGGCCCCUGGCUCCCGGCUCCCGGCUCCCGGCUCCCGGCCCCCGGCCCCUGGCCGGCGAUUCCAGCAGCUCGCCACCCACCGCGCCCCGGCUGGAGGGCCGGGCCAGCCUCUCACCUGCAGCGGGACCCACUCCCUCCCACCUCCCGGAGACCUCUUCUGCU